AUUAGGAAAGCGUGGUUCUGUCCUCUAGUCUUCUUCUCUGAGAUCCCAAUUCCCAACCUUUAGCUUAGCUUGUGAGUUCUGAAGCUUAAACAAGCAGCGGAGUAGAAACAGAAAUGGCCAGAUUUUGUGAUUUUCCUGAUGGGGUAUUGGAGGAAAUUAUGUCGUGGCUUCCUCCCGAGUCUUUGGAACGAUUCAAGUGCGUUUGUCAAUCAUGGUAUGUUCUCAUCAACAGUCUCAUUAACGACCCGAAAUUUGUGGCCAAACACCUUCACAAUACCACGGUCAAUAUGUUGCCGUCUCCAACCACAUGUUUCUGGAAAAUGGUGGCCAUCAGUCACCAAGAACCGGAAGGGAAACAGACCACUGAAGAAGGAACUCAUUUGCUCACUAUGGCCACUCGGGAUUUCGAAGUUAAUAACUACAUUCCUUGCCUGAUUGGAGAUCUUAAAUUUCUCGUUCGUAAGCUUCGUGAUGACUAUUUUAAACUGGCGUCCCAUUGUGAUGGCAUCAUCUGUCUCCACGCCCAUUGCAAGAAGGAGUUUAUUUGUUUGUUGAAUCCAGCACUCAAGGAGUUCAAGAUUGUUCUUAAUGCGGGCCUUGGUGAUGGCUUUAAAAUACGUGCAGUAGGAUUCGGCUACGAUUUUAGAGCUAAUGAUUACAAAGUUGUUUUCAUCAAGUCAAACGGCCGUUCAUAUCAGGCUGAGGUUUAUACCCUGAGUACUAAUUCUUGGAAAGAAAUCGAACUGGGUAUUGAUGUUUCCAACUUUCCUUAUUCCGGACACCAAACAUUGUAUUGUAAUGGAGUUUGUUAUUGGUAUUAUUUAAACCAGGGGAGUAGAAAGAUCAUUUCUUUUGAUGUUGUUGAUGAGGUAUUUCAUAGCAUACCGCCGCCGGAGAAUGUCACAGGGGUAGAAAAAAAGUGGAGAAAUCUUGUAGAAUGGUCGAAGAUUGCGGUUUGGAACAAUUCGAUUGUUUUGUUUUUCUAUGUUAAAGCCGGUCCAGCAGUCGUUGAUAUGUGGGUGAUGGAUGCCUCUUCUGGUGGUGUUGAAGCUUCUUAUACUUGGACCAAACAUAUAACCAUUGGACCCCUGGUGGGCAUUAAGCGUCCGCUGGCGUUUUUGGAUAAUAACGUCCUGUUCUUGGAAACCAAAAAUCAUAAAAUCACCUCCUUCAACAUUCGUACCAGAACAAUUAACGAUCUUUCUAUCCAUUUGGAAAAUUUCAGAAACAACCGUUUCGUCAUUUAUGCAAGGACUUUGGUUUCAAUACUGAAAAGAGAGCGGAAGAACCUAACCGUAGACAUGAAUCGUCGUAGUUCUGGAGCAUCCUCUUCAAAGAGAAGUAUUAUGCAUGGAGUGAGAAUUAUCUAAUGUCCGUCUCUGUGUUGCAUUCAUUUUCAUGCUCGUAUGUUUAACCCAUAGUUUCAAGCGUUUUUCAUCUUCAUGGAAGUUGUCAAGUGCAUCUCGAAGAAUGAAAAGUUCCUUCUGUAUACCAUCAACAUCAGUCGUGAGAAUUCCUUUGUGUAUAUGUAAUAACUUUUUACUCAAUAGGAACGUACUGGGCGAGUCAUGUAUGGUACUUGGGAUUAAGGAAACAUGAAAUUAGUGGUGUCUAAUAUCACAACUAAUAAAAGGUGGGUUCCAGUUACGGGAUCCAUGUUAUGGGGUCCACCUUCGUUAUUACAAUACUAAUAUUUGUUGUCAUGUGAUGAUUCCAAUUAGGAUGUAUGUCAUUUUUCAGCCGUGUUGGCAUGACCCACCUGUAUUUUGGUUAGAUGUCAAUAGAUAUAUGGCAUGGGAGCAAGGAUUUGCUAAUUGGAACUACUUCACAUUUGCACUAUUUUUUGUUUUACUCUGUUCUGUACAUGUUGUAGAGGAAAAUGCUGGAUCACUUUUGGGAUUCAUAGUGCUACUUUCCCUUUACUGAUCCUAUGUAUAUCUUCAUUUACAAUCAAUCAUAUUGGG